AUGGACAUUGCCUACGACCACAUCCAAGAAUCAAACUUCCCAGAGGAGCACGGGGAAUCCCCGCAGGAGGAGACAAAGGAGACUCCCCAGGCGAGCUUGAAUGCCGAUCUGCAAGACGCUUACCGUGCCUUCUCCUCGAGCCCUUGGGGUGCCCGGAUUGGUGGCUUCUUCGGCAAUGUGGUGAAGCAGGGAGAAAAUGUUUACCGCGAAGCUCAGCAAGAGCUUUCCGCGGUGGGGCAAGAUGCCACUCGCGGCUUCACCGGCCUUCGACAGACCAUUAUUAGCCAUACGCGCAACCUCUCGUUAAACACAUCCUUCCCCACCGUCGGGGGCCCGUCAUCGGACCAAGCGGCAAGGGAAGUAGACGGAAACAACGAAACAACGCCGACCGCGUCCAAGAACCCUUCCUCGGACGAGGCGCUCCAAGACUCCGAGACGGUCCUCUCCCGGCUUCGGGGCGAGGCGGCCAAACGUCUCAAGGAUCUCCAGCGGGCCGAGGACGCGGCCGACGAAGCUCUGCUCCGGUUCGGGUCGAAUCUGCGGGAUUUCUUCCGUGACGCCAUCACGAUCGCACCCCCAACCGGUGCCCAGGUGGACGGCGAAGGUAACCCGGUGUUGUUUGAGAGCAAAGAUGCACAGGGAAAGAGGGUCAUCCACGCCUCGCGCUUCGAUGCGCAACUGCACGUCAUCCACACUUCGCCCGAGAGCUUCACUCAGGAUGGGACCGGGGCCGAAUUCGAGUCGUGGACGAAGGAGUUUGAUGUCGACAAGAAGACCGCGGAUAUUAGCAGCGACUUGGAUAAGUACCCGGAGCUUAGAGCAACCAUGGAGAAGCUCGUGCCUGAUCAGGUUGCGUAUGCGGAUUUCUGGAAGCGGUACUACUUCUUGAGGCACGGUAUCGAAACGGCCGAGGCGCGGAGAAAGGAUUUGCUCAAAGCUGCCGCGGCUGAAGAGGAGGACGAUGACGAUGAAGAUUCCGACGAUGAAACUGAAGUGGGACCCAGUAAAAGCGCCGCCGCACCGAACCGGCCCGGCUCUGCCGGUUCGUCCACCACCAUCCACCCCCCAACAACCAACAAGGCCGUGAAGCCGUCUGAGCCGCGAAAGUCCAACGAUGAAAAGUCGCAGGCUGAUAGUGACGCGAGCUACGAUGUCGUGGGCCAGCGGUCCGGCGUUCCCAGCCAGGCACCAAACAGCCCUAAGGAGGGGCGGAAAGGCGAUGAAGAGAGUGAUGACAGCGAAGAGGAUAGCGACGAGGACAGUGACGAGGAGGAUUGGGAGUAG